CUUGCUGCUGCCGCCAGGCAUGCCCACACGCUGCAGAACUACCAGGUACUUGUACCCCAUGCCGCCCAGAAUUUUGUCCACCAACGUCGCAUUCGAUCCUGGUUCCCUGAAGCCUGAAGCUCCCCACAAAAUUUAUGAACCGUGGACGGCGAUUCCUCUCGCUUCCAAUUCCCAUCUUCCAACUCCCAGGCGCUGCGCUGCACUUGACUUUUAUUACUGCGCACAUUGUAUUAGGCCCUCUGGCAGACUACCUAGGUACUCCGUACUGGGGCUACAUGCUACGUUCUCGCCUUGUGCUACGUAGGGUCUGUCUACAAAAGGUCGGAUAUCCAUCCACACUCAAACACUGCUCUGGCACCCAUCUCUGUCUGCAUUGCAUGUGCAGCUGUUGUCGCGGUGCAGCCGGCACUGAGCCUUUCUCCUCUCCUCUCCAGCCCUGAGGCAGAAACACGCAAAAACUUCUGGCCCCCUCAAUGAGAGCACAACUGGCGACUUUUUCUACUUCAGCCGCGUGAGACACACCGUCCUACCUAUCUUGCAGGCUCGCAGGCACGCCGUGAGGAAAAGUACUCCCCGCCCACCACAUGUGCCUUUCCAACCUUGCUCCAACCCGACCCGACCCUUCCACUCCUCCCGUCACGAUCACUUGGCUUAGUGAUUGCACGGCAGUCUCAUGGACCGCAAGACAAUGGAUGGCGGCAACCUUAUGGACUUUGUCCAGAGAUUUCAGCAGAUCCAUGCCCAGCGCGAUACGAGUGACGAGCUAAUCAAGGACCUUCUCGUCUAUUGCGAACAUGUUGAGUCCAGCCUGCGGCAGGAGAACUCGCAUCUCCGCUCGCAGAUCAGUGAUGCGAACCUCGAUCUCGCAGAUGCUACCAAGUCUAGGCGCGAGUUGCAGCAGCAUGUAAAAGAGCUCGAGCAGCAGAUACAUUUCAUGUCCAACAACGUUGAUCAUUUAAAGAAUUACAAUCCUUACGUUCUCAUCCUUAUUGACGGCGACGGUUGCCAUUUCAAACAAGAGUACAUCAACAGGGGUAUUGAAGGCGGGAAGCAGGCCGCCUACGCCCUUCGCACUGCAAUUUUGAAGGAAUGCCAUGCCCUUGCCGGCGACAUUGAAGUCAUAGCCAGGGUCGUUGCGAACCUCAACGGCCUCGCAAAAGCAAUGAAGAACGACGGCUCUUUAGAUCACGAAACCAGGUUGAAGGAGUUCACCAUAGGACUGAGCCAGGGAAUGGCUUCUUUUGAUUUUAUUGAUAUUGGCUACGGAAAAGAGAGAGCAGAUACGAAAAUAAAAGAGGCGAUCAGGUGGAACCUGCGCAAUUUCAACUGCAAGCAAAUAGUACUCGGGGUGUCACAUGACGCUGGUUAUGCCUCAUUUUUGGAUGAAAUUCUUCGAGACGAACCAAGCCGGCGGCGCAUCACAAUUCUAGAAGGCGUCCCCUCAACGCGGGACCUUGCCUCCAAGAACCUCAACACGUUGGACCUGAAUGGCGAUUUGUUUCGCGCCGAAAAGCUUGUCGACAAGACUCUCCGAGAUGCAACACCGCCGUCGGUCAUGUCCUCCCCAGUUGCCGUCGUGGCGGGUAUGUCUCCGCUGCCGCCUCCCUCGGCAACCCCAGUAAGUGUUACUGCGGGCGUUGCGUCCUCUUAUGCCACUGCUAUCAAGAGUGCGAGUCCGCCGCCGCAAGUAACCCUACCUUUUCAGCCGAAGCCAGUCAAGCCCCCAGUUGUGCGGCGUGAGAAGGCGCCUGUUUGGAAUCCGGGCCUGAGGGGACUGGACCCGCCAUUGGAGGUCAACCAGGCCGCUUUGGACAACAUCAAGAAACGAAAGGAUAACAACAAACUUUGCAAUAACCAUUACCUGCGAGGUCCUUGUGCUAAGGGCGACUCGUGCUGUUUUGAACACAAAUAUCGACCAAACGAGGCGGAGAGAACCGCCAUAGCCUUCCUGGCCCGCCUGAAUCCCUGCACCAAUGGCCAGGACUGUGAGGUUGACGAUUGCAUUUAUGGUCAUCAUUGCCCCAGCACUCGGGAUGGAGCGUGCACGCAUCCUUACUGCAAGUUCAAGCCGUUCGAGCACCCACCCGGCACCAAGUUCAGGCAGACAUAUCAAUGGUCCGAUGAAAUAUAAGCAAGGGUGGUCAAGAAUAGGACUUAUGGGCGCUCGGUGAGUUUCUCUAAACAGUAGUAUCCACGCUACCAGUAUUGCCUUCUGUGGACUACAUGGUGGGAGUGGGUGGGGCCUGUGCCCUCUCAUCAACGCAAUCGGUCUUUUUAGCAAGCCACUCCCAAUAAAUUAUACUCCCGUUGCCUCGGUGUGCCUGUUCAAGCAUUUGGAUAUCAGAUGACAAGUCGGCGCACGGCCGUUUGGCACAUACUGAUGUCGAUAUCAGCGUUAAUGAGCCGUACUCGGCCGUCCGCUACAUAGCCACGGCAUCUCUCGCACGGGAAUUCCCACAGGGCAAUGCCGUGCUGGAUAAACUCCCACAAGGCAACUUCCCGACCUUGUUAAGGACAGCCACCUAAGAUGGGACCUCUAUUAGAGUAGCCUAUAAGUGAACUUCUUAUUCCUCUAGACCAUCGCCCCCUAAGGGGACCUUGAGGCAGUCCAUAGAAUUAUUUCCAAGUAGGCAUCAUGCAUGUGUUUGGGAGGUGUGGCGGUGUUACGGUUAUAUUGCAUGUGAUAUUACGGCUUCGCCCAGGUUGUGUGUUCCCAAAAGGGACUCAGGCUCGAAAGUGUGAUCAUGAAAUGUCGACUCAUGGGGGCCAGGUCCCCCAACC